AUGUCUAAGUUGAAUUUGGGUCCAGUUAAGGCAUUUAAUGUUAUGAAGACUUGUUUUGGCGGUUUUGAAGACGUGGGUGCAAGUAAAGUUGAAUUUAAGAACUACAAGAGAUACGCUAUGGUGUUUGUAACGUUAAGUGGUAUAGACAAUCACCACUGCAAUGUUAUAUUUGGUGCUGCAUUAUUGGCGUUAGAAACUGUUGAUACGUAUAUUUGGUUGUUAAGAGUUUUUCUAAAAGCUGUUGGUUCUCAACCGAAAGUUGUUAUCACUAACCAAGAUCCAGCAAUGAAGAAGGCUAUUUCCAUUGUAUUUGUUGACACGAGGCCUCGGUUAUGCAUGCGGCAUGUGAUGCAUAAACUUUCUGUGAAGGUUGGUGUUAGGCUAUGCAAUUUCACCAAUUUCAAAGAACGUAUUUGUGGUAUUGUGUGGACGGAUAUUCUUACACCCGAAGAAUUUGAAUCAGAAUGGGAAGUGGUUAUCGGAGAGUUCAAUUUAGCAGAUAAUGAUUGGCUCUCUGAUAUUUUUCAACUCAGCUUGGAUCCCUGCAUACUAUAG